AUGAUCGAGACGAAAAAUAUUAGACACGCCCUCAGGCCAUUUCACCUCGUAAACCUCAUCGUUGGUUUGGGGUACUACGAUUUCCAGGGGAGCAACUACGCGAAGAAUUGGGUGCAAUUCGUGUAUACCGCGACCUUUUUGAACUGUUUCAACGUGAUGGUCUGCUACGCGACUUCGUCCUUAAACGACUAUUUGUUCAAAUUGUUCGCUCCCUAUCAAGGGCUGUUCUGGCUGAUCUUCUACUCCAAUAUCAUGUUAAUGACCACGUUGAUUAUCGCAUCCAGCUUCAAAGUGAAGAAACUGCAAGCAGCCAUCGAGCUUGUCGAAACCUGCGAUCAAAAGAUGGAGGACAUGGGGCUGCCAAAGCAAUAUCGAUUGGUCUACAAAAGUCAGAUCAAGAUGUUUGUCAUUCUGACGAUAAUCAUUCUAAUGAAUGUAACCGCCACUUACUGGUGGCAAUUUUCGAUUAUGACGUCGGUGGUGACAAAAUUAUACGUUGCUGCUAGUAUAACGCUUCCAGUGCUGCUCAUAGGAGUCUCUAAUUUUUCCUUCCUCUUCUGGGUCAGGUACACAAGGAUGAAGUUCUGUCAACUGAACGGUCUCCUACGAGGCAUGAUGACCACGACGCCGGACUCCCCGAUGCACAAGAGAGUCAUGAAGCUGAUAAACGAGCUGGACAGGAAGAAGUUCAAAAACGAAACCAUUCACACGAUCAACGGGAACGCGAACAUGAUGAGGGCAGCAAAACAAAUUCACCUAGAGCUGGUCAAGAUCUCCAGGACCAUGAACAACAUUUAUGGAAUACAGAUCCUCGUGACCAUGUUCUCUUCCCUCCUCUUGGUCACUUGCCUCCUCUACGUCAGUUACAAGAUCGUAUGGCUCACUCUAACCACACCUCAGUAUGUACAAGAAAUAGGACCCCUGGUCAGCUGGUUGCUCCUCUACGUGUUAAAGAUCUUCUUCACGAACAACGAAUGCAUCAAAACCUCCGCCGAGGCAGCAGACACUGGCGAUCUAAUUUGCGAGCUGUACAAGCCCUCAACCACCAAAGAAUUUCGCGCAGAGAUUCGACACUUCACCCUGCAGAUGAUCCAAAACCCGGUAGUCUUCACAGCCUGUGGAUUUUUCAACAUCGAUCAAACGUUUAUUCAAGGAGUUAUUGGAACGAUCACCACGUACCUCGUGAUUCUAAUUCAAGUGGGAGACUUCCAGCCAUCUAAUUCCACAAACACGACAACGGUGACUGCAUUUACUGCAGACAGUAAUGUAACCAUGACUUCGAUCACGACAGCUUAGAAUUUCCUCGAUUUUC